UAAUUAUCUAGAAUUAGAGUUGAAUCUAGUCUAGACUCUAGCUAGAGAGUAGAGAGCUAGACUCAGACUAAAAAAAGUAAAAAUUCAAGUUUGAGCUACAAAGAUGACUGCCAACCUGCCCCAUCAACAUGUUGAUUUUAUUCAGUUAAAACUUAAUUUCCUGGACUGUCAAAGAACACAUAUACACAAAGUAGUGGAUAGAUAUGUUUCCUCUGUCAAGGAUGCUGUAAAUGGCUGGUUGACAAAGACAGACAGAAAACAGACAGACCUGAUGCACUGGUGCCAUGUGAUAGACAGUGCUGCGUUGUUUUUAGUCUCAAAAGCUGAAGAAAUUGAAGAGCAAAGUGCUGGUGCUCCUGUUGAACCGCAGCCUAUUGUAACACCUCAUCAGACUGAUAUGAAAGAUCUAAAAGACAGUAUUGAUUUGAUUCAAACAAGAAUUGAAUCCCUUUCAUCCCACAUGGCAACACUAGAGAAUAAAUUGGAACGCACUUCAGAAAAAUGUUUUCAACACAUUCAAAACACAAAUUCUGAAGUGGACUCAUUUAAAGCAUUUUCUAAUGAAAAAUUUAAGGAGCUAUCUCAUAAGCAAACAGAAUCCCCGACAAAAACAAACCCUAGUCAGGCAUUACAGGAUAACAAGUUAGUAAAAUUAUCCCUCCGUUUGGACAAAAUGUCAUCUAGGCUAUCUGGGACUGAAACUGAUUUUACUGACCAGAUAAAAAAACUCAAAAACAAGACAGAAAAAGAAAGUGCUGAGGUGUCUGAUAGAAUAGCAGAGCUUAGCUCAAGUCUACACAGUCAUUAUUUAAUGAUCAACAACAUUGGCAGAAGGACUUUCACUACUUAUCCAAACAUGUCGCCCAACACCACUCUCUCACAAGAACUGCAGGGGUUGUCACAAAAAGUUGAAUCACAUGACACAGCUCUGCAAACGGUUAAAAAUGAUCUGGAGAAAAUUAAAAAGUUGGAGACAAGGUUGAAUGCUGAAAGUGCACAUAAAUUUAAAAAUGAAAAAGAAUUACAAGCAAAGAUAACAGAUCUACAAAAUAAGCACCAAUUAUUAGCAAAAAUGGUAGCAGGGAAGCUGCUUCCCCUUGAUAAUCUCUUGCAAAUUUUGAAAGCAACACAAAAAGCUGAAGGAACAAAGGCUCCAUUGGACCCCCAAACAAAAGUUGUGUGAAAGAAUCUCUUGCUUGGCUAUUGCAUGAUUGUGUUUAUUGGUUGCUCAAAUGAGAACAUAGUGACUCAUGUCAGCACUCCUGUGCUAACCAGCCCUAAUGGGCUCCGGAUUUAAACCUGAUGGAAAGAAAUCAACUGGGCAUGUGUGCCAUGAUGGACUGACAAUAGCUCUAAACCACUCGCUAUGUGUAGUAUGUACAUAACUAUAGUAUUACAGUAUGUUAACCAAUUUUGUUUCAUGUGAAGCAGACAAAUGGGCAGGUCCUUUUUUUAAAAAACCAAAUGUUCAUUAUUAGGGGAAUUGUACAAUCCCCAAGCAUAUUGUCAUAGUACAGAUUCUAUUUUUAUCUGCCACCAUGUACGUGUUUCAGUGUGAUAAUUGGUAGUUUCCUUACCUGGAACCACCAAUAGCAUGCAAUAUUUGAUUUUUUUUAUAUUUUUAUUUUAAUAAGACAAAAAAUGCAAGUUGAUAUAAAUUGGGGGUUUUUUCAUGUAGGUACAAAAUCUGAUAUUUUAUACAAAAUGUUCAUGUUAAUACUCUUAUUGUUGGUUAUAUUUAAUCUAGUUUUAAUAAAAACUAUUUUAUUAGUAUUUAGUUUUAUUUUGUCUUUUUAUUUUAAUAAGACAAAAAAUGC